AUAGCUAGCUAGCUAGAGUUUUUCGCACUGCCACGGAGAAGAUGACACUGCAAUGGUCAUGGUGGAAGGUCACCACGGACCUGGUGGUCCUGGUUAUACUGGGAGUCCUGGUGGUGUUUCUGGAGACGGCUUCAGAGAGAGGCCUCUACGUGGACAGAGCCGUCCCCACCUGGCUCCUGGUCCUCGGCUGUCUCCUUGUCCCGCUCACCGCCAUUUUCCUCGGCAACCUCUACGAGCGCUUCUACAAGAAACGCCCCGAGUGCCAGUCGAAGCGAAUCUCGUUCUGCGGCGGGCGAAGUGUCGCAGUUUCUCCCUGGCUUCUGCGGACCCUAUUCCACAUCCGAUGGUUCCUAAUAGGUGCCGGAAUCACAAUAGUCCUGACCGACAUCGGCAAGGUGACGGUGGGUCGGUUGCGACCUCACUUCUUCUCCGUCUGUCGGCCUGACUUCGGCGCGUUCAACUGCACGGACGCGUUCGGCAACCAGGUGUACAUCACGGACUACAAAUGCCUCGGCAGGGACGACGUAGAAGACAUUGAUAGGGUAACUCACGACUCCCACCUCUCUUUUCCCUCGGGACACGCUUCAGCCAGCACCUAUUCCUUUGUCUUCCUCCUCCUCUAUCUUGCCAGCGUGAGGACCUUCUACCAUCGCUCGGGCCUCAAACUAUUCCUUAUGCUCGCCUCCCUCUCUCUGGCCAUCCUAAUUUCUCUAUCGCGAAUCUCAGACCACAGACACCACCCCACGGAUGUCCUAGCUGGGAUGGCGUUGGGAGCAGCUGUGGCAGCCGUGACUGUCUUCUACUUUCUGCGGUUUCUAGGGCACCACAAGACAUGCACACCUCAACCGUCGGCUUCAGCUUCUGCUGAUGGAGAGACACGCCCUCUUUCUUCUUCUAAACGGGUGUCAGAAAUGGCUGACACUCCAUAAUUUCCUUCACCAUUUUAGCUAGGUGGCUAGGUUUCAAUGAUUUUUUAUUUCAUUAGUCACACAAUCAAUGUAGGUUGUACUGGCUCUGUUUGUGUGUUGAUGCUGCAUUACUGACAUUGUUGUGCAAUAACUUGUAAUUUGCCACCAAAGUUCUAUAUAGAACAAAAAUGUGCACACUCUGCUGGUCAUAAGCAGAGUUCUGCCAUUCAGACCCACCUGGGGCAUGUGUCCCAGGUGCUUUCACUGUUUGCAUAGAGUGUGUACUGAUGUCAAACAAUAAUUUUAGACACUGCUUUUCCCGGCUGC